CCCAGAUUAAAAUUACUGUAAUAACACUGCUAUUGCUAGGAAACCUGUGAAGUCUGCUUUGCGGACAACCAUGAGUAAGGUUGCGAUGGAAAUCGAAGACCGAUUCAAGGGUUGGAAUAACUUAGGUAGCGAAAUUUUGUUUCGCAUCUAUGCGCUUGUGGGAAAGGACGACCGCCCGGCCUUCCGCCAAGCUUGCACUUCCUGGCGCAUGGCAGUGGACGGCAACGCCACCAAAGCCAGCAUCAACCUUGGUCCCAAGGAUCUUGCGUUGAGCAAACAUGGCCAGCUACCUUAUCUUGGAGCACGCCUUUUGAAGCUAUCGACCUUCCGCUUACAACUUGAGCUUGGCCAAGACGUUGCAGUCGAGGAUGCCGUGCUCCUGGCCACGCAGCUCUUCCUGAGGCUGAGCCCCGAGGCCCGCCAGCGUAUCACACGGCUGGAGCUUGUGCAGGCCGAGGAGGAUGCCGUACCAUCCGCUCAGAAGAUCGUGCAGUCACUUGUGGGAGUGCUGCCGGGCCUGCGAGAGCUCGACUUGCUGCACUUCCUCGGCAUGGCUUAUUGGGAGCGCUCACUACUUCAACUAUACGACAGCCUGGAAGCUGGCCUGCCCCAGCUGAAACAGCUGUCGCUGCCAAGCAGUCUAGCGGUUCGCGGUAUCGAAACCCUGACCGACAAGGGCAUUCACCUGGAGCGCCUUCAUGUCCACGGGGAGACAGAAGAUGAGGAGCUGCAGCCGUCCGUCGUCUACGAGCUCUCCGACAUGUCGGGCCUGCAAGAGCUGCACCUCAGCAACUGCAGGCUUGACGAGCGGAUGGCUGAGCAGUUCUUGCUGGACAGCCUGCCCGAAUCCCUGAAGCGCCUGCAGCUGGACGAGUGCUAUACGCCAUGGUUUCGCAGUUUGCACGGGCGGUUGGACGCAGGCCGGCUCGUCGCUGUGGAGCUGCUAGACUGCGAGGGCGGGCGGCUGGAUGUGCUGCUGGCGGUCGGCCGGCUGCUCUCCAAACUUGCGAGGGGAGGGCAGCCGCAGGAGCCUCCGUUGGGUGAGCUACGGAUCUACUUUUUAACGUUGAGCGGAGUGCAGCAGCUGUCGGCAGAGCAGCUGCAGGGCCUGAGAGAGCUGCGGGGGUGGUUUUGCCGAUCACAGAUCAAGGACAGCCUACAAUUCGAUUGGACCGCCAGCACCGUCUUCAAGGAGGUGGUCCAGCUCCUAGGCCUCCCUGAGAGACUGUAUUUUGAUACUGAGUCUUGGGUUAGAUUUUGCAUCCACCCCAAGGGCACUGGGCCCAGGUCUGGAAACCAGCAGCAGCAGCUUCAGCCGCCAGCUGCAACUACCGCAGCUGGAGCGCUGCCCGCGCCCUCCAUGCCCUCAGCUGCUGCGGAGCUGAUGUCACACGUGGUGUCGCGCUUGUCGCCCGGAGGUGCUUCAUUGUCGGGUGCGGCAGCAGCAGCAGCGGAGCUACCGGCACCGGUAUGUGGCUCUGAGAGGUAUCUGCUGGUGCGCGGCCCUGCAGCCGAGCGCGCCAGGAUGGAGGAGCUGUUGGAAGACGCGGGUGUGGACCGCCGCAAGGAGUGCAAGAGCAUGCGAACUGCGGACAUCGUUUACUUUGCUCUGGACUUUAUCGACAAGCGGGCGGCUGCAGUGAAGGCUGCAGUGGAAUUGCGGGUCCGGGAGCGGGGCCUUGAAGCCUCUGUAGCGGUGCUGCAGCUAGAUGCCCGGCACGAACACGUGUGGGCAGACUGUUAUACGGUCGUUAGCAUGGAGUUUCAGAAGGUGCUGGGGGAAGUCCUGGCGGCCAUGAAGGACCCGGCCGACCCGAGCAGCUCGCGGCCGCAGAUGGAGCUGCUGGUGCGGUUGCAGCAGCAGCUGGUCGUCUAGGCGUAGGGUGAUGUGAUGUUACAUGGUGGUGCCAAGUUAGCCAGCGAGUGGCUUCUGUCUUAGUCCCCAUGUACUGUGGGUUGGGCGGCACGCCAGGGUGGAGGUGGAAGGGCGGACAGCAGGGGGGUCUUCCCGGAGUAGCCCGAGCUGCCUGGUGGGUGCGAGGCGUAGGGAGUUGGGAGGGGCACGGCGGACAACAAGGACGAUUGUUUGUCCGAGGGGAACAUCCGUCUGUGUGUCUGGCGGACUGUGUUGUUGUGCCCGUGGGGUUUCGGUGCCAGUUGAUGGUGUGGAAGCUUGCUUGUUUUAUCUCCCCAUCGCCGCGACGGGGGCUAUCCCCCCAAAAGGGCAAGAAUAAUAAUUGCCGUGGGUUACGUUAGCCAGGCUAGCUGCCUUGUUGUUUUAAUUAAGCGUUGCGGCUUGACAUAUUGUAUGGGCCUACCGGGAACGGCUGUCAUGAGCUCAUGACCUCCUGGGUAAGGUGGAGUGGUGGCAGCGGCUCGGCAUGCGUUGUGGACGGUGCCGGUUCAGACGACGUCGUGUUUACGGGCGGAGAUGGCGGAUGUGCUGUCCUGUGGCGAAGGCGUAAGGAAAGGAUGGAGGCCCGUUGCUGUGGCGAGGGUAGCUGGGUGUAGCCUUAUAGAGAGGGGUAAUGGCGGCAGUGCUUACUUUCUGACUGAAAUAGCAGGGGGGGGGUAAGAAAUUUUCUUAUAAACCCCAACCCGAAAUUUCCAAAGAGAAGGCCUCGGAGCCACCCACCCACCGCCAAGCGUGUCGUACAACCUGUAAACUAUGCCAAAACG